GGGAGGUAACCUCUCUUUCAAAGAUUAUUCUAUUUAAGCGAUUUAACAUUGAUGAUAUAUGCAAUCUUGCUGAGAAGUUUUAUCCUGAAGAAACUGAGUUGCAUGCUUUAAAUCAACAAUUGGGAUUUUAUAAGAUUGAUAUGGACUGUCUUCCAGCCUUCAAGAAUCUCGAUUCCAUUCCUGAAUUGCUGAAGUGUUUACUUCACACAAGGGAAUUAAGUGCAAAUUGAGCAAAAUUAAGAGAAACGCACCGUCUUAACCGACUUUCAUCUCUCGCUGUGACAUCUACACUUGUUGUGAGCGUGCGUUUCAGUUCUCUCUUCCAAGCCCUAAUCUGUUGCUCCUUCCACCUUUCCUCUUCAGGUAAACUCGUCACAGUCUCCAACUUUCCUUUGGUUUCCUUUGGUUUCUGAGCAAACAAACAUCGCUUGAGUUGUCCAUCAUGUCGAGGCCGCUCUCAAAGUUGCUCUUCAAGGGAAUUUCAGGCUUCCGGGCUGCCCGUUCUAGUGAAAUUGUAUCUGGAUCCUUUUAUCAAAAUGGAAUGAGAUACUCGACCUCUGUGCCUAAUGACACCGACACACAUGACGAUUUUAAACCCGCUAAUAAGUUCGACGGUUCUGGCCUUAGCUUGAAGGAACUUGUUGAACAGGAUGUAAAGGACAACCCUGUAAUGCUUUAUAUGAAAGGAGUGCCUGAGGUUCCCCAAUGUGGAUUCAGCUCACUUGCAGUAAGAGUGUUAAAACAAUAUGAUGUUCCUUUGAGUGCUAGGAAUAUUUUGGAAGAUCCUGAGCUCAAAACUGCUGUAAAAGCGUUUAGCCACUGGCCAACAUUUCCACAGAUAUUCAUCAAGGGGGAGUUCAUUGGAGGGUCAGAUAUAAUUCUCAAUAUGCACCAGUCUGGUGAGCUCAAGGAAAAGCUCAAGGAUAUUGCAGUCAAUCAAGAGAAGUCUGCAUAAGAUAAAUUAUGAGAGGGUAGGUUAAAUGUUAUCUGUGUAAUCUUUUGUUGAUAAAAGAUGACUAGAUAUGUGGUUAUCCUUGUUUCCUUCAAAGUUGAUAAACCUAAUUUGCAAUAAAUGUCAGCUUAAUAUUCUCUUUUCAUCUUCAA